GCACACCGCCGCCGCCGAACAGUCGUGGGACUCCGGUUCUUGUCGUCUCGUCGUCUGCACGGUUACUGCAAUCAGCUCCGCCCGCGAGCACAAUCCGCGCCGCACACACGCACCGAAUGAGCGACGCGAUAUUAUAACCACAUCAUUACCUGACACGAUAGAUAACACGGUGCGUCAUAAUAAUAUUGUUGUGCAGUUCUACGCGUCAUCUGCGCGAGUGGGUCACACACGAUCGCACCUCGACGUUGACCGAUAUCGUAUUUUUUUUUGUUGCGUUUUGUCCGUCAACAUUUGCUGAACACAUCGUCGUCCCGAGAACAACAAACACAUAUACGUAACGACAACAUCGGCAUAUAUAUACAUCGAGCGAUAUUAUUAACUCACGUCUGUCACGCGUCGUUUCGCGAACACACGUCGGUGACCAUCGUCAUACCGUCGUCGUCGACAUGGAAACGGACAGCAACAGCGACGGCGAAAUGAUGCCGACCGCCGCGCAGAUGCCGCCCUACAGCAGGGCCAACAUCGAGCUGCUGAUCAGGAGACACCAGGCCGCCGUCACGGCACUGGGGCUGGCGUUCAACGGGCCGCCUCACCAUCACAGGCCGAUGAUGGCGAACGCGGCCACGUCCGUGCCAGCGCCCAAACAUCACACCAUCGACGCCAUACUCGGACUCAAGCGCAACAACCACAAAGACCAGGAGUCCGGAGGAGAAAACAGCUGUAAUUCUAGUGACACCGAGCAAAACCGUCAUCAUCAGCUCGUACCGUCCGACCAACAUAACGUCAUGCGCAGCGGCGGCUGCGGGGGCGUUGUCAGCGGAGGAAGCGGUGGAGGAGGAGAUUGCGGCGGCGGUGGUGGCGGAGGAGGUGGAGGAGGCCCGCCACAACAACGUCGGUCCACCGACAUGGACGACAUGAGCGGCGGUGGGUGCGGCGACAGCAGUGACGGUGAACCGGACGACGAGCAACUGUCCGGUGGCCGGGCGAGCGCGUCGCCAGCGGCCGCGGCCGGCGGCAUGUCGCCGCCCGACAAGAAAAAGCACCGCCGGAACCGCACCACGUUCACCACCUAUCAGCUGCACGAGCUGGAGCGAGCGUUCGAGAAGUCGCAUUACCCGGACGUGUACAGCCGUGAAGAGCUGGCCAUGAAGGUCAACUUGCCGGAAGUCAGGGUCCAGGUAUGGUUCCAGAACCGGAGGGCCAAGUGGCGCAGACAGGAGAAGAUGGAGGCGGCCAGACUGGGCCUGAACGAUUACGUGCACUCGACGAUGGCCGGUUCGCUCAGCCGGAUGCCGGGGUCCAGCCUGGCCCUGCCCGUCGACCCGUGGCUAUCGCCGCCGCUGCUGUCCGCGCUGCCCGGUUUCCUGUCGCACCCGCAGACAGGCUACCCGAGCUACCUGACGCCACCGGUGGUGCACUGCGGUCCGCCGUCGUCCGCACAGAAGUCGCCGCCGUCGCCGCAACAACAGAUCACCACCAUCGCCACGCCGCCGUCGUCGUCCUCGCUGUCCACGUCUUCGUCGUCCGCGGUGUCCACUGCCGACCCGAGGACAUCGUCCAUAGCUGUGCUCAGGCUCAAGGCCAAGGAACACGUCGAAUCCAUCACGAAAGGCAUGCAGAUGGUCUAGAGCAGCCGCGAUACUUCUCAUGUACCUAUAGGUAUAUACGCAUACCACCCUUGACAAUGUAAUAACGAUAUAAUAAUAAUAAUAAUAAUAAUAAUAUAGUCUCGAAUUCAUAAUACCUAUUCUAAAUUUAAAUAAUAUUGCAUCAGGAAUCCCGAUUGCGAUGUUAUUAAACGAUUCGUUUUCAAAUCAGAAACAUAUCUGUGGUCUUGCACUGUGCGAAAACUCUUGAAUAACUGACAAUUGUCAACGAUUUUCUUUAAUGUUUACGAUAUGUUAUGCAACAUCGUAUUAUGUUGUUAUACAGAAUAAUAUACACUUGAUAGGUUUUUUAUUUUUCGUUCGAAUUCCCCCUAUACACACACACACGAAUCAGAGUUGUUCUAAUUAUCAAGUACUUACAUAAAAAUAUAAGAUUUACAUUUGCUACAGACCCGGAAGCUCUAAUUGUUAUGUACUAAUAUAAUUAGAACAGUAAAACCGUUCAAAUAAUAUAUGAAAUAUGACUACUCAUCGUCGUCGACAAUACCCUCUCAUUGCAAUAUUAACAGUGCGAUGGACGAUUUAUUUUUGAAUAGAUUCUGUCGUCAGAGUUACACGCCCACUUUCGCGUCCCACACAUUUUGUGUAUACAUAAUAGCACCAGAAACAAUGCUAAAUUAUUAUUAUUAUUAUUGUUAUUAUUCAUAAAAUUGACGGUUCCCAAAUAAAUGGUAAUAUUUACGGGAAUAAUGUAAUGUAUUAAUAAAUAAGUAUGUACCUAUUAUUAAUAUUAUUAUUAUUAUUAUUAUUAUUAUUAUUUGAAAAUGUACAGUAUUAUACUAUUAUACGUUGAAAACCAGUGCAUUUGGAACUCCCUUGUGUAUUUACAUAUAUUUAUAUAUUAUUAUACGUAAUUAGAUAUUGUACAUAAAUCGUAUAUAUUAUAAUAGUACUAUAAUUUAUUGUGCAUCUAAAUAUAUUAUAACCAUAAGAAUUAUUAGAAAAUAGGUAUUAGAAGUUUUGUUGUUCUCGGAAUAUUAUUGUAUAAAAUUAUUGUAAUUUCAUAAAUAUUGUUUUUGAUUAUAUUGAGCUAGUCAUUUGAAAUAAUUUUUUUCUAUCACUAAAAACAUACGUUGCUCAGCAGUAACCAGUAGCACCCUUGCAUGUCAACGUUCAAUGCAGCAAACAUUUAAAUUAUCAUUUUUCAAACUGAGGUUUGGUGAUAUUGUUGUAGCUGUUUUCAUUAAUAUUGCAAUGUAUUAAGUACCUUUUAACUGUCCAACUGAAAUAAA